AUGGAAAAAGUGAGCUUGAAUAGCCAAUUCUAUUUUCUGAAAAAUGCAAUGAAAAUUCUGCUCCCAGUUUCAGUAUUUUCAUUGGUGUUUACUCGGUCUUAUUCAUUGCUUCCUUCUCUUCUCCACUCUUUUCAUGAAUAUUCUUCUUGUUUUUCAAUUCAACUUUUUACCUAUAGCUCAGAGAGGAACUAUAUUUUCCUUCUUUGCAAUGGAAUUCUUGUUUUCAUAAUCAAGAAUUCAUUUGGUAACAUUUCUGAGUACCCCAAAGAAAGCCACAAGGAGAAAUUUAGAGAAUCUCAUAAUAAUCCAGAUGCUUUAGAAACAAAGGCGGAAACAGUUGUUGAAACUGAAAAUAAAGUUGAAGAAGAGCAAAUUGAAACAAUGAGUCAGGAUAAUUUGGUUACUGUUGGAACAGUUGAUGAGAAUGAAGAUGAAGCUUAUCAAGAAAGUUAUGCUGAAAUUAUUGAAGAAUUGGAAGAUGAUGAUGAAGAAGAAGAAUUAGAGGAAACAUUAGAAGAGUUGAACAAGAAGUGUGAUGAUUUUAUUAUGAAAAUAAAGAAAGAGAUCAAAGGGAAGAAUUAA